GGUUUACAGGAGGUGCCUGGAGACUGGCCACACAGGGAUAAAAGCAGUAAGAAGCCCUUCAGCAUUUAUUUUAAUUUUAACACCGUGUGCAAGGCUGCAGACAGUGUUCGGUCAUACCCGUCCCUUUCCAGGAGCACAAGCAGGAGUCAAGGCUGCAGCACGCUGAGGGAAGGAAUGCUGACAGCAUCAGGAGCUGCUCCCCCCCUCACACAGGUUAUGUAAUGCUGCUCACGCAGCAGCCACGCACCCUCCACUUCUCCACUUCUCCAGGCAAUACACGACAAGAAUCAGGGGAAUCCCCGAUUUCACUAUCCAUGUCCAGCCUUGCUCAGAGCUAUUUUGCAUACAUGGUCCUGCACUAUAAAAUGCUUUUGCCUCCCGGGAGGGAUACAGAGCCUGAGAGGUGAAAGGCAAGAAACUCUGACAGAGAGAAGUCUCUCCUGGCAGGCCUGGGACGCCUCUCACAAAAGCACGGAGCAAAGUGUCGGACUCAGUUUCCUGCUCUAGUUCCAAGCUGUCCAGCUGCUCUGAAAACUUUGUUCUUCCUUUCUGCUGAUUUAAAGGUUUGUGCAUGUAACAGGUAACUCUGUCAGUGCUAUCCACAGAACCCUGCGGUGCAGGACACAAAGCAGCUUCUUGCCCUGACUGCCACUGAAGGGAAAUAAGUGUUCCCACAUCACACAAAACAAGGUUUCAGCACAGCGAAGUAAAACCUCAAAAAAAGCAUACAAAAUGCUGUGCCCGUGGCAGUUUGUGUUCAAAUCUCAUGCUGCCAAGAGCCGGUACCCCAGAGAGAAGGAUAUCAACAACAACGUGGAGAAAAAUAGGAAGAUCCAUGGCUCAGGAAAAGAUGAUGCCAAAUUGCACGAUCCAAGCAAGAAGCAGAUGGAGAAGCCGCCUAUCGUAACUUCAGCAAUGCCCAGUGAGGGAGGAGAGAAUCUCUCUCCAAAUGGCAUCAAAGUUUCAAACCAAAUACCAGGAUGUCCAAGACAUAUAAGUAUAAGAAACUUGGAAAGUGGAUCCAGCUUUCUUGACACGCUACACCUGACUGCAAAAGAGGUUAUCAGUUGCCAGACCAAAGCCUGCCAAGGGUCGCUCAUGACUCCAAAGGGCCUGGUGAGAGGUACCAGAGAUGGGCCAGUUCCACUGGAAGAUCUUUUACCUCAGGCAAUAGACUUCCUCAAGCAGUACUACAGUUCAUUUAAAGAGCCGAAUAUCAAAGAACAGCUGGGCCGGCUGGAGACAGUGACCAAGGAGAUAGAAACAAGAGGAACCUACCAGCUGACAAAGGAUGAGCUGACCUUUGCUGCCAAGCAGGCCUGGAGGAACGCGCCCAGGUGCAUUGGGAGAAUCCAGUGGUCCAACCUGCAGGUGUUUGAUGCACGGGACUGUAAAACGGCCAAGGAAAUGUUUGAGCAUAUCUGUCAUCAUAUUCAGUAUGCCACAAACAAUGGGAAUAUAAGGUCAGCCAUCACCGUGUUCCCGCAGAGGACGGACGGGCAGCACGAUUUCCGUGUGUGGAACAGCCAGCUGAUCCGCUAUGCUGGCUACCCAAUGCCAGAUGGCUCUGUCCUUGGAGACCCUGCCACUGUGGAGUUCACUCAGUUGUGCAUCGACCUUGGGUGGAAGCCGAAAUAUGGCCGCUUUGAUGUACUUCCACUUGUUCUCCAAGCAAAUGGCCAAGACCCAGAAAUAUUUGAAUUACCUCCAGAAAUUAUCCUCCAAGUGCCAAUGGAGCAUCCAAAGUACGAGUGGUUUAAGGAGCUGGACCUGAAGUGGUAUGCGCUGCCUGCUGUGGCCAACAUGCUGCUGGAGGUGGGAGGGCUGGAGUUCACCGCGUGUCCCUUCAAUGGCUGGUACAUGGGGACAGAGAUCGGAGUGCGGGACUUCUGUGACGCGCAGCGCUACAACAUCCUGAAGGAGGUAGGGAGGAGAAUGGGACUGGAAACAAACAAACUGUCAUCAUUAUGGAAGGACCGAGCUGUUGUAGAGAUCAAUGUGGCUGUGCUUCACAGCUUCCAGAAACAGAAUGUGACCAUCAUGGAUCACCACUCUGCCUCCGAGUCCUUCCUGAAGUACAUGCAGAGCGAGUACCGCGCACGGGGCGGCUGCCCGGCAGACUGGGUGUGGAUUGUGCCUCCCAUGUCAGGCAGCAUAACACCCGUGUUCCACCAAGAGAUGUUGAACUAUGUCCUCACUCCCUUCUAUUACUACCAGGUGGAUGCAUGGAAAACACAUGUGUGGCAUGAUGAGACCCGAAGGCCAAAGAAAAAAGAAAUAAAGUUUAGCAUCUUGGCAAAGGCUGUGCUCUUUGCGUCCUCACUCAUGCGAGGAGCAGUGGCCACCAGGACCAAGGUCACCGUGAUCUACGCGACAGAGACGGGCAGGUCAGAGACACUCGCCAACAACCUGAGCAGCCUGUUCAGCUGUGCCUUCAGCACUAAGAUUCUGUGCAUGGAUGACUACAACAUUUGUGACCUGGAAAAAGAAACACUUCUUUUAGUGGUUACUAGCACUUUUGGAAAUGGAGAUUCUCCAGGUAACGGAAAGACCUUGAAGGACUCCUUGCUCAGGCUGAAACUGCUGAGAAAUAAAAUUAGAUAUGCUGUGUUUGGGCUGGGCUCCAGCAUGUACCCAGAGUUCUGUGCCUUUGCUCAUGCCAUUGACCAAAAACUGGCCCAACUCGGGGCUUCCCAGCUCGCUCCAGUGGGCGAAGGGGAUGAACUCAAUGGGCAAGAGGAAGCUUUCCGCAGCUGGGCAGUCAGUGCUUUCAAGACCGCCUGUGACAUUUUUAAUGUCCGUGGGAGACACAGUAUUCAGUUGCCUGAGAUCUACACCUCUGAGGAGAGCUGGGACCCUACCAAUUACAGGCUGGUGCAUGACUCCCAUGGACCCAUGGACCUGGCUAAAGCUCUUGCAAGCAUUCAUGCCAAGGAUGUAAUUCCCAUGAAGCUGAAAUUCAGGCAGAAUCUUCAAAGUUUGAAGUCCAGUCGUGUUACCAUUCUGGUGAAACUUCACUGUGAGCCCAAUCAGGAAGUGCACUACCUUCCUGGGGAGCACAUCGGGAUUUUCCCAGGCAAUCAGGCAGAAUUAGUCCACGGCAUUAUUGCACGUGUCAAGGAUGCCCCUCCAGCAGAUCAGACUAUCAGGCUUGAAACCUGCAUUGAUGGUGGAUACUGGACAAGUCACAAAAAGAUUCCACCCUGCACACUACCUGAGGCUUUGACAUACUUGCUUGAUAUCACUACUCCACCCUCCCAACAACUGCUAAAAAAACUCUCCCAGCUGGUGACAGUGGAAGGAGACAAGCAGAGGCUGGAGGUGUUGUGUCAGAGCACAGAAGAAUACAAUAAAUGGAAGUUUUACCACAGCCCAAACAUCCUGGAGGUCCUGGAGGAGUUCCCCUCUGCUGAGGUCUCCACAGCUUUCCUGCUGACUCAGCUGCCAUUUCUGAAGCCCAGGUACUAUUCUGUCAGCUCCUCCUGUGACAUGACAGCCAGAGAGAUUCAUCUGACAGUUGCAGUUGUAAACUACAGGACAAGAGAUGGAGAAGGUCCUUUGCACCACGGAGUCUGCAGCACGUGGCUGAACACAAUAGAGCUUGAUGAAACCGUUCCCUGCUUCAUCCGCAGUGCUAAUGAGUUCCACCUCCCGGAGGAGCCAGCCAAGCCCUGCAUUCUGAUCGGGGCGGGCACGGGGAUUGCUCCCUUCAGGAGCUUCUGGCUGCAGCGCCUCUAUGACCUGGAGCACAGAGGCCUCACGGGAGGGGACAUGACCUUGCUGUUCGGCUGCCGGCAGCCAGACCUGGAUCACAUCUACAGAGAGGAGACUGAGGAAAUGAAGAGGAGGGGAGUCCUGAGAGACAUCUACACAGCUUACUCCAGGCUGCCUGGCCAAGAGAAAGUGUACGUCCAGGACAUCCUGCAGAGGCAGCUGGAGGCCCGCGUGUGCGAGGUGCUGCACGGGCAGCAGGGCCACGUGUACGUGUGCGGGGACGUGCGCAUGGCGCGGGACGUGGCGGCGGUGCUGCGGGCGCUGCUCGCCCGGGCCCUGCACCUCAGCCAGCACCAGGCCGACGAGUACUUCCAGCAGCUCAAGAGCCAAAAGCGAUACCAUGAAGAUAUAUUUGGGGCUGUGUUCCCACAUGAAGUCAAAAGAGCUUUGCAACUCACCAGCUGAAGAACAAAUCCACUUGUGUUCUACACAGUACUUGCACAUUUGUUGUUAUUUUCAAAAAACAAAGAGUCAAAUUCUCCUUCUUAUUCUUGUUCAAUCAUGCAUGUGUAUAGGAUUGUAGGAUUUGACUCUUAAGCCUCAGCCUUAAUUAAGUAAAAUAUUAAAUUUACCUUUUGUUGCUAUUUAUUCUGACACGCUUUUAAUACAUUAUCUUAAUAGUGAAACUACAAAUUAUUUUUUUAAUACCAUCUAUGCUAGUAUAAAUCUGAUGGGUUUUGUACAUACAAGGAAAAUGUAGAGUUUUGUACUAAGUUAACUAGAGCUGAAAUCUUUUUUUAAAACGUACUGUUUAUCUUUGUGACUUUAUUUAUAUCAGAUUGGUUUACUAGUAUUUUAUCUUCACUUGAAAGCGAGUGAAUGGAUGGUUGUGUUGCUGGGAGUUGUCUGGCCACGUGCCUGGAUCUGGAGCAAUGUUUGCAAAUGAGAUAAUAAUGUGCUGGUCCCCAAGUGGCAACACCUGCUGCAUCCACCUCAGAUGUACCUGCUCAGCAGGUAGCAGUGGUGAAUUCUGCUUUGUGGGACUCAGGUACACGAACCUCAGCUGUUGUAACAGAGCCUAUAGCAGGAAGAGUCCAAAAAUUCCAAAGCACUUUGUACAUUUGAGUU